AUGGCGUCUCAAGCUUGCCUAAAGGCGUUCAUCGUGUUAAUCGGAUUAGUCAGUCUAGCCAGAUCAGCGUACAUUGCCAACGACGUCGUUUCGGAUUAUGCAGAGGUCAAAGAAUUACUGGCUGCUUUCUACAGGAAACACGCGAAAAAAUACGGACACGAUUAUGAUCCUGUCGCCAUUCAAGCUAUUGCUGAAAACAUGGACAAGGCAGUAAAGGAUGACAAGACGGAAGCCACAGUCAAUAGGAAGUUGUGGAAUGAGGUUUUUGAAAAUGACAUUAUUCUGACUCUUCCUCAAGCUGAAGCUCUCUUGACUGAAUCGAACACGCCACGACCAAAACGACAAGCUCAUCCAGACCGACGAAAUUUCUGGCCAAACCUCACGAUUUCCUACGAGUUCUACGGCGGAGAGGAGAACUGGCGUCAACUCAUCAGAAGCGCUAUUCGUCACGUUGAACAAAACGUGUGCUUCAGAUUCAAAGAGAACGGAGGAGAUCGUGAUGGUUUGAGAUACUACAGAGGAAAUGGAUGCUGGUCUAAUGUUGGAAGAGUUGGAGGACGACAAUUGGUUUCAAUUGGUUAUGGAUGUGAUAGUCUCGGAAUCGUCUCCCAUGAAACGCUCCACGCUUUGGGACUUUGGCAUGAGCAAUCUAGAGAUGAUCGUGACAACUACAUUAGUAUUGUGGCUGACAAAAUUACUAGAGGAACCGAAGGAAAUUUCGCUAAACGAACACCUGCAAACAGCGAUAAUCUUGGACAACCUUACGAUUUGGGAUCUGUCAUGCACUACGGAGCCAAAGCUUUCUCUUACGACUGGUCCAGCGAUACGAUCAAAACUAGAGAUUGGAGAUACCAGAACACAAUUGGACAGAGAGAUGGACUUUCGUUCAAGGAUGCCAAGAUGAUUAACACCAGAUAUUGCAGUAACAUCUGCCAACGCACGAUUCCAUGCCUCAAUGAGGGCUACACCGACCCAAACAACUGCAGCAAGUGUCGUUGCCCAGCCGGAUACGGUGGUACUUAUUGUGAAACCGUUGAGUACACUGCUUGCGGAGGAUCAUUGACUGCUUCGUCGUCGUAUCAAAAGAUUGAGAGCGGUAUUGUGCAAGCCGACGCGAAUUGCGUCUGGCGAAUUAGAAAUCCUGGAGGAAACGUCGAAGUCGUUUUUGACAAAGUCAACUUUCAAUGUUCGGAUCCAUGCCAAAGCUAUGUUGAGGUUAAGUAUCUAUCGCAAAAGACAUCGACAGGUAGGCGUGAAAGUUUUUUGCUGACAGAGGGACCAAUUGAGCUUACAGGAGCCCGACUCUGCUGCAGUUUGCCAUCCGUUAUCCGAUCGGAAGGUGAUGACGUCAUUAUCAUCUACAGAGGAACACCGAACACCGCCUAUGGAUGGAAAGGAUUCACGUUGAGAUACAGAGCGCUCGGAGGAACGCCAAUCACAUCAGUUGCCACUGCUCGCCCAACCGCUGCUACCACGACUCGACCAUACUGGACACGAACGGCAAGUGGAUGGAUUCACAUCCAACACCCACCACUUUACACACCCAACGGCAAUAUCUAUACCUCGGACGAGCAAUCGCGGGAGCUCACGGACACCUCGACCGAGGAGUUCUAUGAUCCGAGCACUCUAUCAUCUUCUCCUUCAGCCUCACCAGCACAGCUUCUUCUUCCAGCAGAUGUUGUCUCCUCCUCAGAGAGACCACCAUUUGCACCACAAGAGCAUGAUCUAUCGCAACUAUCCCAAAACAAUGCUUUAACUCGUCCUACGCCGACGACGACAGUUUAUCCAGGUUCAGCUUCGUGGAGUAAUUGGGGAGAAUGGUCCGCAUGCUCCCAGCCAUGUGGAGGAUGUGGAACCAGAACUCGAGUGAGAGCAUGUUACGGUGGAAAUCAAGUUUGCGUAGGAAGCAAUUUGGAUCGACAAAGUUGCAAUACGCAAGUUUGCGCUAAGCCGAAAAAAGGAAUGAUCUGCAAUGGACGUCUUCUACUUCCGUGCGACUUGCUUGCCAAGCUCAACUUUGGAUCCAACAACUACUUGAACCCGAAAUUAAAGCAAUCCGGAUUUGCGCGUUCCAGCACUCUCCCACUGCCACGUAUCUCACAACGUAAGCCAGUACUUCGUCAUGAAUUGGAAGUUCAUCCACCAACCGAGCGUUUCCUCUCCUCUUCAGUCCGCCGAGUGAAAAGACAAACAGCAACCAGAUUCUGUGAAAAACGCUUCAUUUACCAAUGCCCAACUGCUCUUCUCACCAUCCAAAUGGAAUACAAGGAGCCAGCUCAAGGAGCCAAUGAUGCUUAUUUCCAACAAUACCCUGAAUGCUGCUCCGGUUACACGCCAAGACGCGGAGUCUGCUACAAAAACUAA